UAGGAGAAAAGCGACUGGGAUGAUACACUUGAUCUUUUUCAUACGUUAUCGGAUGAGUGUACUAGGUAAAAUCCUUUCAUAAAGGAUCACAUUUUAAUUUACGAUCUCAUAUUGUUCUUCCCUGCUCUUAACCUUCACUUGUCGCCACUAAUGCUUAUGCAAAAAUAAGUACAAUGCUUUACUGAUGAAUCCAUUUCCUUCUUCGCGCAUUUGUGUUAUAAUGCAAUGUUAGGAAAGUGAUCUUGAGAGGUCUACGCAUGCAUCUUGCACUGGUAUAUUUUCGGUUUGGACGUCUUCCAUGAAAAAGUAACUAACUAUACUUGAGGAAAUGGCUGAACUCGAACUACCUGACAGAGGUCGGGCAUGGGUAAUUGCUUUCGCAGCUUGUAUAAUUAAUAUGAUUUUAUCUGGAUUGUCCAGGAUUAUUGGGAUUUUGUAUGUAGCUGUGAUAGAAACAUAUGGAGUAACAAGGCAAGAAGCAACUAUACCCUUUACCGUCCGAAACUCAAUCCGCUCUUUAUCAGGCCCGCUGGUCGGAGUAAUUGGUCAGAGAUAUGGAAUUAGAAUGGUUACAUUUUGGGGUGGAGUGGUUGCUUCUGCAGGAGCUGCUCUCUGCUGCAUUGCACCUAACGUCACCUGGUUAGCAGUGUUCUGGGGAGGAGUACAUGGUUUAGGAUUUGCUUUUGCAAAUACCUUGUUUCAAGUUGUAGUAAACCAAUACUUUGAGAAACACCGAGCUACAGCAUCUGGCAUCGCUUUAUCUGGAGCUUGUGUCAGUAGUCUAGCAUUUCCUAUCAUGAUAGAAGCCAUCUUGGACAAGUUCGCUCUGUCGGGUGGUUUCCUCAUAUUGGGAGGUGUCGUUAUGCAUGUGUUGCCACCUUCGUUAUUGCUGAAAGCACCACCAUGGGUUGAGAAUCCACAGGAGUAUGCCAGACAGUGGGAAUUGGUGAAUUCCACAAAAUCAGUUGGAACAAUGGACACCAUAGGUUCAACAGAAAGGGAGAAUACAGUAAUUUCCACAGAAAUAGAUAAUACCGUAAUCUCAACGGAAAAGGAGAAGGAAGAUGAAUGUAUAAAAAAGUGCGAAAUCAGACUUGUAAGAUCAACGUCUCUUAGCAAUUGCCUUGUAGAAGAAGUUGAAGUAUGCAGCGCAUACAGGUGCAAUUUUCAGAAGGAAACGCCCAGUGGACUGCUAUGUCAAAUGGAAAAUUUUGUAAGGAGGAGAUCGGAAGAUGGUGUCAUCUGUAAACUGUACAAAAUUACAGAGUCAUCGGAUAUGGAUGAUAGGCUCUUUACACAGAAUGGAUACGUGUUACGAGAAGGCAGUUCAUCUGUAUAUUCAAUAUCAGGUGAUGUUUUAGACAGAGAAAGAGAAAGAGUAGAACUCGCAGAGUUGCAUUCUUCAGCCACGCCGAGCCAAGAACCUAUACCAGCACCAAAACGCAUCUCCAUUGCAGAAAGCUUCAUCAGUAUUGCGAAGCUUUACACGAAUCCUGUAUAUGUUUUGAUCAGUUUAUCCAUGUUGACGUACAUCAUUAUUUUAAUACCCAUACUCACGGUCAUUGUUGAUUACAGCAAGGACAAAGGCAUACCAGAAACUAAUGGAAAAUACCUUAUAAAUGCCAUGGCCAUAGGAGAUUUGAUUGGCCGGCUCUGCUUUGGUUGGGUUACGGACAAGAAGUACGUGACAAUUCCAGCCUUCAUGACCCUGACUCUCUUCCUAGAAGGAAUAUUCACAGCUCUUUUUCCUUUUGCUUUUGAGUUGUAUACUUUCAUGGCACUCUUGGCUCUGUAUGGAAUAACAUCGGGAGCUAUACUCGUCCUUUUUCCAGUGCUGGUAUUGAAAUAUGUAGAACAAGAAAUGCAGUCUAUUGGCAUGGGCUGUGUUGGAUUUUUGUCUGGGUUAGUUUCUUUCGGCAUUCCCUCUUUAAUCGGUCAUUUUAGGGAUUACGUAGGCUCAUAUGACGGUGUGUUCUACUUGACUGGAGCCAUUUCAGUGGUAUCUGGACUAUUGUGGCUUUUGGAACCAGUAUUAGCUAAAAUGUAUUAUAAAAACAAAGAAAUGGAAAAACAAUGAUACGGACAAAUAUGUCGUCGACACACGUAACCUCAAAGAAACAAAUUUAAAUGAGAAAAAUAUAUGACUAAAUUAAGAAGAGUGACAUUACAUUAUCAGGAAAGAAAAGCCAGUAAAAGACAUUACUACAAGAGUAUGUACCAACUCUGAUUUUCAUUAAAAAUAUUCUUUCCGAAUAAAGCCGGUAAGAGAAAGAACGAAGGAUAAAACGCAAGCGCAAAACUUUCGUGAAGCAUUCUGAAGUAACCUUUUGUACUGUCAAUCAUCUGCUGAUUGCCGAUCUGCAACGUUCUUUGGCUUUUCUUUUUGCAGUGAAGUUUGUUGCAAAUGAUAGUGGACAAACAACUGAUUUCAACUUAUUGAUUGCAUCUCUACAGAAAUUAUUUUUUCUGCAUAUUUAAUGAAUCAGCAUUAUACUUAUAAAACUUUAACUAUGUUAACAUCUACUAAGAUCCAAUAAAGUUUAUACAAGAGCAAGAGUUACUAAUUACGCAAGAAUAUACAUUUGUGCAUAAUAUGCAUAAUAUUCAAAAUAUUCUUUUGUGUCAAAGCAAAGAAAAGAUUGUACAAACAUUGAUUUUUAAUUGUUUUGCAUUAGAAUAUUUACCGAAUAAGCCACACGGCUUUACUUUUUUCUUGUUAUUCGAUAUCAUUCGUAAAUAACAACAUUCAGCAGUGCUUAUAUAUAAAAGAAGGUUCCAUUAUUCUUAUUUUUUAAUAUUUUUAUCACAAAAAUUCUUAAAACCAUGCAUUAAGAUUAUAAAUUUCUCGGUAAUGUUGAAGGAGCAGGUAUA